UGCACCAUCCUUCUUGCUCGGCUCCGGAAGGCGCCCCGGAAGCCAUGGGUAUGUGCAGAGGGUUUGGGUUAGCUCUUCUAUGAAACUGCGUGGAAAUAGCGAUAAAAGCCUACACCACCACCCCGCUCUCCCGUUGUCCACACGGGGCCUGGGACUCGCGCCAUGGCCAGUAGGCCCUGAAUGGGGUCUUCUGAGCCGCGUGCCAGCGCCAUCCUCCGCCCGCAGAGGUGCUGGUUCUGGCCGGAUACAGCGCGCAGAAAAAGGACGAGCUGAGCCUGGCGCACGGGGACGUGGUCCGGCAGGUGUGCAAUGGGCCCGCACGGGGCUGGCUGCGUGGAGAGCUGGGGGGCCGUUGUGGCCUCUUCCCCGAGUGCCUGGUGCAGGAGAUCCCUGAGACUCUCCGCGGCUCGGGGGAGGCGCCGAAACCGCGCUGUGCGCGCCGCCGAGGUCACCCAGGUCGAAUCUCCGGGCCGCCAAAGAUGGUGCAAAGUGAACUUCAGCUACAGCCCGGAGCAGGCUGACGAGCUGAAGCUGCAAGCUGGGGAGAUUGUGGAAGUGAUAAAGGAGAUUGAGGACGGCUGGUGGCUGGGGAAGAAGAACGGGCAGCUGGGAGCCCUCCCAUCCAACUUUGUGGAGUUGCUGGACAGUGGGCCCCCAAGCCUUGGUAACCCAGACAUGCCUUCAAUCAGCCUUGGUCCCCAGCGGGCUCCCAAGCUGAGCAGCCUGACCUAUGACAGCCCUCCAGACUACCUGCGGACAGUCUCCCACCCUGAGACCUACAGGGUCCUGUUUGACUACCAUCCCGAGGCCCCAGAUGAGUUGGCGCUGCGGAGGGGGGACGAGGUGAAAGUACUGAGGAAGACCACAGAGGAUAAGGGCUGGUGGGAAGGAGAGUCUCAAGGCAGAAGAGGACUUUUCCCAGAUAACUUUGUGCUCCCACCACCCCCGAUCAAGAAGCUGGUCCCACGGAAAGUGGUAUCCCGGGAAUCAGCUCCUAUUAAGGAACCCAAAAAGAUGAUGCCCAGAACAGCCCUCCCUACGGUCAAGAAGCUGGUGACAGCCCCGACUGGGCCAAGCAAAGCCAACCCAUCUUGGACACCCAGCGGAGACAGUCAGAAGCGCCCUUCCCGAAACUGCAGCUCUAGCAGCAGUUUCCUCAGUGGGUGUCCAGGCCAGAGUGGCAGAAAGCGAGCCCAAACCCAGGCUUCACAGCAACACUCUGCAGCCGGUCAGGGCGAAGAGCAGAGCAGCCUUACAAAGGCCCCUCGUGUGAAUAAAACCCCAACUCUGGACAAGACCCCCGGCCUAGAGAAGACCCCAUCUCCGGAUAAGGCCGGCAGCCCAGAGAAGACCUCAUCUCUGGACAAUGCCCGCAGCCCGGAGAAGACCUUGUCUCCAGAUAAGGCCCCCACUCCAGAGGAAUGCCUAACUUCAGAUAAGGUCCCUAUCCUAGAGGAGACCUCAACGCUGGAGGACAAAGCCCCCAGACCAGACAGGGUCUUUUCUGUGCAUGAGGUCCCGGUCCCAGAAGUCCCACCUGGUCCAAAGAUGGCCCCUCCUGGGGACGAGGCCCACACCCUAGGAAAGGUCUUGACCACCAAACAGGUGCUCUCUGAAGAGGCUUCCACCCGAGACAACACUCAGUUCCAUCACUUCUCUCCGGAGGAAGCCCUGCUAAACGCCAGGUCUCUUGGGGCCAGUGGGGCUCAAUCCCAAGAGGAGGUUCACAUGCCAGAGGAGCAUCCCCUCUGCACGGUGAAACGUCCCCUGGAUAAGAGGGACAGCUCCCCUCUCCAGUCCGAGUCCGCGUCCAAGUCAGGGUCUACGCCUGCCCUUGAGAAGGCCUACCUCCGGGAAGAGGCUACCACUCUCCUGGAGGAGGCACCAGCGAAGGAUGAGGCCACCCCCAAAGAGGAGGUGUCCCCCGAAGAGGUAUCCCCUGCUCAGAAGAAUCCACAUCCUAUCGUGCUGACUCCAGAGCCCCAAAUGACUCCCACCCUCCACCCCUCGGCCCCGCAAAAUCUCACAGAUAGCAAAAGUGACAGAGACGACAUGAUGAGGAUAAAGGACGAGGUGGAGGCUUUAAGGAGGUCGCUGGAGCUGAUGGGGGUGCAGCUGGAAAAGAAGCUGACUGACAUCUGGGAGGAGCUGAAGAGCGAGAGAGAGAAGCGCGUGUUGCUGGAGGUUCAGAUGACACGGAGGACCCAGGAGUCCCGGAACCUGGGCUCCAUCCACGCGCAGACGCAGACGCACUGAGGGUGGGCCCGGGAGGGACUACGGCGGGACCUGGAGCGAAGUCGGGCUCCGGCCACCCACGUCCUUGCACACGAUUUUGGGAAACGCAAGAAAGUAAACUCUGCCGUGUACGCGCGCCACGCCUCCCUGGUCCCUGCAGGGCGGGGUCUGCGCGGCGGGGCGGGGCUGGCGUUCUGCGCUCCCGUCCCUCCGCUUUCCUGGCAGCCGCUCCUGGGCACAUCUGGCCAACAUGUGGCUUCCAUUACCGUUCCCAAGGCCUGCGCAUGGCUAUUUUUAUCCACCGGAUGGCGAGGGGGGAGGGUGUCUCCUUCGGACGCUAGUCCCCGCGCUGGAGAAAUGGCCGGCAGGAGGGGCCCAGGAGGGGUCGGGCCUCUGCCCGGGGGCCGGAUUCCAGAAUCCAGCUGUGCGCCAGGGGAGGGCUCUCCAGCCCGGAACCCUCCCAGUUGCCUUCACUGUCCGCUCUGGAACGCAGUGACACACGAACUCCACAGGCCAGCUCAGGCACCCCAGGUUACAUUGGGCCUAAUAGCGCCUGAGCGUCAAGGUUAGGGUUCCGAGGCCUUGUGUGCGUGCGCGCGCGCGCGUGUGUGUGAUUGCAAUGAUGCAGAAAACGAGGGCAUUUGUAGGGACAGGGGCAACGUGUACCCGGGCGUUUGACGGUAAGGAAUGCAGUUGUAAGGAAUGCGGUUGAUUUUUGUGUGUGCGCCUGUGGUGAGGCGGUGGAGUGUGGGUGCAGGAGUGUGUUUUUGCCAUGUGUGAACUGAACGCAAGCAUGUGUGCUGAGGCGUCGGGUGGGUGGAAGGAGGUGGUCAGCCUGGUAAAGGGGUCUCAGCCCUGGGGCCCCCUGCAUGGCAAGAGCUUGGGAGUCGUUGGGGGAAGGAUAACAGAGGGAGACUGAGUCACUGAGAAUGCAGCUUUCAUUGGUCACGUCACCUCUUAACCGUCCCCCAGAGAGGGGAUGGGGACCCUGCGUCCUGCCCUACCCCCAGGGCCUUCUGGCUGGACGGGAGAAGGGUGUCUCCCAGGGGACGGGAAUCCAGGCCCAACAGCACCAGGGGAGCCGUGGGGGCGGGGCCUCCAUAGCACCGUGGGCAGGGGCAGUCCAAAGGUCCUGGGGCAGCUCGAAGCCCCCGUGCAUAUCCAGUACGCUCUGGGGGCCGGUCAGUAAUAGUGCAUGCGGCCCAGGGUGCCCGUGCCCGUGGGGCUGGGCCCCAGCGUGCCGGUGCCCAGCAGGUCUGGCUGUCCAGUGCGCCAGAUCUCCCGCAGGAUCCGUUCCCGCUCCUCUAGCCGCUGCGCCCGCUCCAGCUCCUCCGCCGAAGUGAAGACGUUGACGCUCAGGGGCCCGUCGGGCUCCGUGGACACCUCGGGGCCCGGCCGAGUCACCGUAUCCUCAUCGUCGUCGUCGUCGUCGUCCUCGGCCUCCAGGGUGCUGCUGUGGGGGUCCCGGCGCGGAGUGGGCCCUCGGGGCCGCGGGCGGGGUGCACAGGAGAUGCUGAUGACUAGUAGGCACAGGGUGAGCAGCAGGCCAAAGCAGACACCCAGCACGAAGUAGAGGCCGAAGCUCUCGGGGUUAGCUGGGGGUCAGAGGGCAGAAGUCACGGAGGGGGCCUGGCGCGUGGGAGUCAUCCCAUCUCUAAAAG